AUGCUCAAUAUACCCGACACGGGUUCUGGUCACGUCACGCAAGACUUGCGGUUCGUUGCGCCGGAGGGCGAUGAUGGGUAUACGCAUACGCACGACAAGAAAGAAGAAGGAAAAGAAACGAGCAAAGGGUUGAUGCCGAAAUACCUCUACACGUGCCUGAUGGAUGACAUUGCGUUUCUAAAGACAGAAGCAUACAUGGGUGUCAGUCGAAGACUGAACCUGGAAAAGAGCAGGACGUUAGAGGAGGGGGAGGUGGGCGUGGGGUUUCUGGAAGAGGAGGGAGAAGGAGAGGAGAAGAUGGUGUUUGAUAUCGUGGAUGCCCAAUUCGCUGUCGUCGAGCGCAAUGCGCUCGAAUCGCCUCUAUUGCGUCUACCCCGUGAACUGCGCGAUCUCAUAUGGACCUUUACCUUUACGGGAACUGCAAAACCCGCUUGCAAGGAGGUUUCCCGAUACUCUCCAUUCCGCGUCCUUACGGUAUGCCGACAAAUCUACACCGAAGCUAUCAGUCUGGCGGGUCCAUUCCUUACCUGGUCUUUCAUAUGCCUGCGAGACUACGAAUCCUUCUUCUGGGACAUAAUAUAUAGUGAAGGACCAAAGCACAAGAUCCGCUUAGUACACUCCAUCCAGAUUGGCGUCGAUCCUUCGGAUCUAUACAUGCUAGCCCAGAUAGUAGAUCCGGGGACUGACGAUGAUGUGGAUGAUGAAACGGGCGAAUACCGUCCCACGCUCCGUGCUUUCGAGAAUCUAACGCAUGUGGAACUACUACUGUCCGCUACGGGGUUCUUUGCGGAUUCUGAUAACGAAGACGACGAGGAAGCUGAAGAGGUCGAGCCAACCCGGUAUGAGAGCGAAUAUAUCGAGGAAUCCAGAGUCAACUUCACCAAAACUAUGGAACGGAAGCUUCCUAGUGUGCGUGUAACGUACAAGGAUUUCGAUGACAGCUCGGCAAUGAAAAGGUUCUGGACAACGCAAGAUCCCAAGGAGUUGAUUCUGCGGACGUCCUCUGGUCGGUGA